AUGGAAGUCACUGUACCAAUUGUCGCUGUGAUGAACUUCGGAAUCGUGAUGGAAUCUAUCCGUCCCCUACUACCUGACGCUGUGAAUUGUGAUGGCAUUGCUAUCAUGAAUGACUCGAGAACAGCUUUCUGGUCUUUGAACCUGACCGUGAAGAAUGCUGAUUUUCCAGAUCCUAAGAAUCCUGAGCAAGCUAACGACGUUAAGAACAUUUUACAGCGAGGGAUGAAAUCCUCUGGGAUCAUUAGACAUGUCAAUCAAAUCAUUCUAAACUUGCCCUCUGGGACCAUUUAUAAAUGGCAGACCCUUUCUACCAUGGCAGAAUGGCCAUGGCCGUGGCCAGAUGACAGUUUCUGUGCUAUCCCACGAGAUUUGCCGCCGCUCGCUGAUAUGGGCGCGUCCCUAGAGGGCCUUUCCAGGACCCUU